AUGGAUAUUGAGGAGGAGGAAGAUAACUCUCGUGAUAAAGAGAAAGAAGAUAGUCUAUCAAAUGUGGAUGAUCUUCCCUUAGCUUGGAGAACCUCAAAGGAUCAUCCAAUCGAUAAUAUUCUUAGUGAUAUCACAAAUAGUGUUACAACACGCUCCAAGAUAAGUAAUUUUUGUCAUCAUUUUGGUUUUUCUCCGCAAGUUGAACCGAAAAACGCCAAAGAAGCAUUACUUGAUGAGCAUUGGCUAAUGGUCAUGCAAGACGAAUUAAAUUUGUUUAAGAGAAAGGAUGUUUGGGACCUUGUCCCUCAUCCGGGAAAACAUCAAAGUUUCCUUACCCUACAAAUGGAUAGGGUCAGUACUUUUCUCGAAACUAAGGAGGUACUUAGUACUAGUGCUCUUUUUAAGAGGUGGAUUGAUAUAUGGCACUCAGUUCCUACCCUUAGAGUCUUGGAAGAAAUAGGUGAUAGAGAAACUGAUUUCUGGAUAACCAAGAUUUCCUGCUCGGUUCUGCUCUCUCUUAAUCCUAUUAAGAGUUGCACACUCUACCUCUCGUAUACUGAUCAUGAGGUUGGCCGUCUUGAGUUUUCAAAGGUCGUAAAAUGGAUCAAUUUUGUGGUAGAACGCAACGUCAAGUUCAUCGAUUUAGCAUGUGCCAUAUCAGAUAUUGCUUGUCUCAAAUUGCCUAAUAGCAUUCUAAGCUUCCAGACCCUUAUUGAUCUCGAGUUGCUUUUCUUUGUUGUUAAGGAUAUUUUUUCCAUUAGUCUCCCCUCCCUCAAAACCCUUCGUUUGGAAUAUAUUACCUUCUCGAAUGUUCAAGGUUUCUUAUGGCUUCUGGAUGGAUGUCCCAAUCUUUAG